GCUCUGCCCCCCUCCGGGGUGGGUGUGCGUCGUCGACACUGUUACUGUCUCUUUAAAUUUACCCAGGAGCCCCUUAAGGAGCCCCAGGGGCCCCUAGUCCGGCUCCCCACCCAGAAGACAAGCAAGAACCUUAAAAUACAUUACUGGAGGCCUAAGCUGAGACGAGGCUUGCUUGAGCUCUACAAAGUCUUUUCGCCGGUGGAUUGAGUGAAUCUAUGAAAAGUUAACUUAGCACCCUUGCGGGGCGCGUGGGAGAAACCCUGGAGAGCCCGGGCUCCAGAACGAUGAGCGCCAGCCAGAUGCGUGUCGAACGGUGCCGCGCGGCGGAACAUGUUCCUGCUGUGACAUGUUGUUCAUGUGAGAGUGACAUGUCCCGCUCUGCCGCUUCGACCUGCUGAGGAGGGAGGUAGUACACGAGCUACAACUACAUCAACAGCCAGGCCAGUGAUGGAAGAGAAAGAGACGGGGGAGACCGAGCCAGUGGACCUCCGAUCUGCCGAACAGUCUGAGUUGCUCUCAUUAAUAAUAAGCGGAGAGGAGGAAACGACGCAGGAGGGGAGCGACUUGGGAGAGGACAAUGUGCCCAAUGGCCAUGGUGGAGAUGACUCUGAGCCUGGAAUGGUCACACCUGUCAGAUCACCUGCCACCAGCUACUGGAGCAUCACAGAGGGACCCAAUCACCCACUCCUUCUCUCCCCAGCACCCGGGCCCUCAGGCCGCAAACCCAGGGUCCAGAGAGCAUCGCGUCCAGGCCUGAGCAGGAUUCCUGGCCGCGACCACCGGCGCUACUACCAUGAAUACUGGCGCAGCGAGUACUUGAUGGACUUUGACCCCCAAAGGCACGGCAUGAUCUGCAUGGUGUGUGGCAGCUCGCUCGCCACCUUGAAGCUCAGUACCAUCAAGAGACACAUCAGGCAAAAACACCCAGACUCUCUCCUGUGGAGUGCCGCAGACAAGGAGGUGAUCCGCUCUGGAUGGGAAAGCCACCUGAGCCUAGGGGGAGGUCAGAGAACCGGUUCUGCAUCAUCACUCCAGGGAGAAGAAGACUCUAUGCACUUUGGCCAGCAUAUAGGUGAAACUCCAGAUCCAGUUCUACUUGAGGAGCACCCACAACAGCCCCCCACUUUGACCCCAAGGCCCGUAGAGGACGAGACCCUCCAGCCCCCAGAGGAGGCCAACGAACUCCCCGGACCGUCAGCGCGGACGUUGGAACGCUACCUAAAUGAUUCUCUGCACGCUUGGUUCCGCCAGGAGUUCUUGAUGGAGUAUGAAGCGGAGGCCAGCCGGCUGCUUUGUAUGGUGUGUGGGGCAGAACUUCCCUCGCUUCACUUGGAUCACAUCAAGAGCCACGUACUGGAAAGCCACCCCAACUCCUUGGUGUACAGCUCAGAGGAAAAACACUGCAUCCUGCAGGCCUGGGCCCAGACUCACGGUGAAGCGGACUCAAUCAAAACACAGCCCACAGCAAACACCAAAGGAAAGGGGGCAGACCUUUUUACAGAAGAGCUUAAGAGCGUUCAGAUGGACACUGAUGUGUUCCCACAGGGUGAGAGCACUUUAACUCAGGAUGUUUGUCUUAUCGGUGAGGAUGGAGGGGUCGGGGCCCCUCAGCUGGCCUCCCAGCCUCUCCGACAGCCCAGGAAGAGGCGGCUGCGGGGGGGUGACCCCUGGCGACUCCGCCUCGACUAUCUGGUAGCCUAUGGGCCCCAAGACCAGGGCACUUUUUGCAUGGUGUGUUCUCAGGUCUUGCAUGAAAGCAAGGUGAGCAGCUUCCGCCGCCACAUCCAGGAAUGCCACCCAGAGACCACCACUCUGAGCCGACAAGAAAGAGAAGCCAUGGCUGCUGCCUGGACCAAAGACUCUGCUGAUGGUGUGCAAAUACCAGACGUGAUCAACCCCGGAGAAGCUGUUGUCUUCAGUACUACCAAAGGCAGAAGUGAGGACCCCACCUCUGAUGUCAAAGCUGCCCUCAACACGGUGAAAAUGGAUGAGCGUGUGAGAGGAGGGAGGAGCAAGUCCAGUGAUUCUGGUACUGCAGCCUCUGUCCAUCGCCAUGGCCACUACCCAGGGAAGGACCAGAGAAGGAACUACCAGGUGCGCUGGCGAAUGGACUACCUGAUGGAUUAUGACUGCAGGAGACACGGCCUGAUCUGCAUGGUGUGUGGAGCGACUCUGGCCACGCUGAAGGUCAGUACCAUCAAGCGGCACAUCCAGCAGGUUCAUCCCCACUCCCUGCUCUACGGCGCCGAGGAGAAGGAGCAAGCCCUGCUGAGCUACAACCAGACCGCCCUGCACUUUGUUCACUCUGAUGACUGUUUUUCCACCCAGGACCACGGACACACUGAAGCGGCUCCCUCUCCCGCACAGUUUGGCACCUAGAAAGGGCUUCUGUCUGUGUAGUCACUCCUGGCUUCUGGUCAGAAACAGCCCUCACCUGUCGGUCCUCAAACUAAAUUCAAACGUUAACAUUUAACGACCCUUAAGUUCACCUUCAAUAUGACAUUAAAACACAAUUGUCUUAUGCUAGGCAAGAGUACAAGAGGAAGAUAUAAGAUUACGAAUAUGGGAUAUCCUCUUACCUUUUAUGGUAUGGCUGGAAAAGAAACAUUGUAAAAACGUCAAAAGCCUAAUCAACACUUAAAGUCCAGUGACUCAUGUAGAAGUACCACGACACUUUAUUUAGAUUUCCUUUUUGGAAGCUACUGAUGUUUUUGCACAAAAUCUCUCUUUUGGAGAUGAAUUAACCAAAUCCUGACAAAUAGGGUGAAUUAUCUGUUGUAUCAGAUAACACAUGGAGGCUACUGCUACUGCUGAGCCACGUGGCUCUGCCUUCUCCAUGUGAUGGAAUCCAUGAAGCGGUGUGGAAUACAGCAUAACAAUGCAAAGCCAUAUUUUCUGCUGGAGUAAAGCUGAAUUGGACAGAAGCACGGCCUCAAGCAGAGGCGCUAUGAGACAACAGUGAGAAUUAUAGGUGGAUGAUUUCAGUCUGCGUCACAAAGCAGGUUCGGUCACUGAGGAUAGUUGAGAGAGAUAAAAAAAAAAAAAGAUUUUCAAAUUUACAUGAGAACUGCAGUCAGAAGAAUACAAGUUAGUGUGCUGGUAUCACGGUUAAAUCGGAAUGCUUUUACAUUCGGCUUUGUUUAUACUAGGGCUGUCAAACGAUUAAACAUUUUAGUUGCAUAAUUUCAAUAGUUAACUCAAGAUUAAUCGCAAAUUAAUUGUA